CGGGGUCCGCUCUCAGCUGCAGCCGGCGGAGCGCGGCGCGGCGCGCGGGGGGCGCGGGGCAUCGCCCGGCGGGCAGGCAGGCGCGCGGGUCGGCGGGGGGCGCGGCGGGGCUCCGCGCGCGCGGAGCGGCGGCAGCACCGGCGGCGGAGAAAGAGGAGGAGGACGGGGCUGGGUGCCCGGCUCGCUGCUCUUCCUGCCGGGGACGUACUCACUCGCUCAUGCACGAGCGCUUUUUUUUUUCCUCGGGGAUUUUUUCCAAUUUACAAUUAUUCUUUCCUUUUUUUUUUUUUUCUUUUCCUGAGGGGUUUUCUUUUCGCUCAGUACCUCGCAAGUGACAAAUUCUACCUGCACAAACUCCUGGUCGCCGACUCCGCCGCCACGACGAGUCCUGGAGCCGGGGUUUUCGGGGCUUUGGGGGCGCGCCGCCUCCCCCUUCCCCCGCGGCGGUGCACGCUGGCCGUGCCCAGCGCUGCGAGACUUUCGGCGGCGGGCGCGCUGCUCUUCUGAAACGCCUGGGGCGGGCGAAAAGCACUUGUGAACUGGACCAGCUGCUUCGGGGAGGGGGGAGACCCGAGGUGGUGAGGAAAAAAAGCAGAGCGACACCCCCCUCCAAAAAAAAAAAAAAAAGCCCAAAGCACUCUAAGAAAAAAAAAGCAAACUUGGACUGGCGGCUUGCGGCGCUGCUUUUGCAGAAACUCUGUGUGACCGCGGGCGGUCCCGCCGCCGCCUCGACGGGCAGAGGACCGCGCCGCCGGGGACGAGGCGCCGGUGUGGAAGUACAAGUAGUGCGGGGAGCGGGGGCGCGGCUGCGGGGAGCUGCGCGGCCGGCUGCGCCGCGCCGGUGCCGCUGUGAGAAGUUGCGCGCCCUGCCCCGCGCCGGAGCGGCGCUGAGCCCCGGCGAGACCCUCGCCGUCGCGAUGGUGCAGCAGACCAACACGGCGGAGAACACGGAGGCGCUGCUGGCCGCGGAGACCUCAGACUCCGGGGCCGGCAUCGAGCUGGGCAUCGCCUCCUCCCCGACGCCGGGCUCCACCGCCUCCACGGGGGGCAAGGCGGACGACCCGAGCUGGUGCAAGACGCCCAGCGGGCACAUCAAGCGGCCCAUGAACGCUUUCAUGGUGUGGUCGCAGAUCGAGCGGCGGAAGAUCAUGGAGCAAUCCCCCGAUAUGCACAACGCCGAGAUCUCCAAGCGCCUGGGCAAGCGCUGGAAGCUGCUCAAGGACAGCGACAAGAUUCCCUUCAUCCGGGAGGCGGAGCGGCUGCGCCUCAAGCACAUGGCGGACUACCCCGACUACAAGUACCGGCCCAGGAAGAAGGUGAAGUCGGGCAACAGCUCCGCCAAGCCCGGCGACAAGGCGGACAAGGGCGGCGGGGGCGGCGCCGGCGGGGGCAGCGCGGGCGGCGGCACCGGUGGCCCCGCGGCCUCCGGGAAACCCGCCCCGAAGAAAAGCGGCGGCGGCUCCAAGCCCUCCCCCGCGGGCGGCGGCGGCGCGGGCGGCAAGCCCCACAGCAAGGCGGCGGCGGGCGGCAAGGCCUCCCCCUUCUCCGGGGAGCCGCCGGCCGCGCUGCUGCCGCCCGAGCACCAGGCGCUGUACAAGCCCCGGGGGGCGGCGGGCGCGCCCGCAGGUCCCGGGAAGCCACUGGCCGAGAAGAAGCUGAAGCGGGUUUACAUCUUCGGGAGCGGGCAGGCGGCGGCCGCUUCCGCCUCACCCGGCAGCGCUGUGCCUGGCAGCCCCACACUGAGCAGUUCGGCGGAGGCCGGCGACCCUUUGAGCCUCUACGAGGAAGGGGGCGGCGGGGCAGGGCGGCCCGACGGGGACUGUGGCGGCGCCGCCUGCCCCUCGCCCUGCGGCUCGGGUUCGCCCUCGGAUCACCGCAGCUACACCAGCCUGCGUGCCUCCUCCCCGGCCCCCUCGACGGCGCAUUCCUCCUCCGCGUCCUCCCACUCCUCGUCCUCUUCCUCCUCCGGUUCCUCUUCGUCGGACGACGAGUUUGAGGACGACCUCUUGGACCUGAACCCCAGCCCCGGCUUUGAGAGCAUGUCCCUGGGCAGCUUCAGCUCCUCGGUGCUCGACCGGGACCUAGAUUUUAACUUCGAGCCCGGCUCGGGCUCGCACUUCGAGUUCCCGGACUACUGCACGCCGGAGGUAAGUGAGAUGAUCUCGGGGGACUGGCUGGAGUCCAGCAUUUCCAACCUGGUCUUCACUUACUGAAGCGAGAGCCGGGCCGUGCUGGAGGAGGCACAGAGGCACGUUGUCGGCAGGACUCGACCACCCCGCCGGGGGCUUUUGUUUCGUUGUUGUUUUUGUUUCUUCUUUUUUUUUUUUUUUUCCUUCCCUUUUUUUUUUUUUUUUUUUUUUUGGUUCGGGAAGGGUCUGAUGAGACUGCCUUAUGUGCUGGGGAAGAGCAGCGGCGGGAGCGGGAUCGCCCUCUCCGUGCAGAACGGCCAGCAGUCCCUAUCCUCUGGCUGGAGACGGACCCGCACACACCCCCUCCGGGAGACGAGCCUGACGUUGAUUUUACAGAGACUGGUGGGAACGAGACGCUGUCUCUUUCCUUUUCCUUUUUAUUUCCUGAAAAGAGAAACAGAGAAGCGGCGGGUGGGAGGGGGGGGAACCACACACACCUCUGGGUUCUUUGUUAUUGCCCACUUUAUACGAAUAAAGAGGAGGGGGAGCGAUGCACUGUGCUGAGCGCACACUGGAUGACUUGAGCAUUCGCCCUUUCGUGUGAAAGAGCGAUUAGAACUGCUUGAAAAAAAGGAGAAAAACAAACAAAUCCACCCAAGCCCCUGCAAGGUUCACGUUUUCCGGGAGAAAUCCUGUCCCGGUUUCUUCUGCAGUGAGAGGAGGACGAUGAUGGGAGGAGGAGGAGGCAGAUGGAACUGGGAGCUGGACUAAGAUCCUAGCUAAGCAAAGAAGAGCUAGACUUGAGAGCUGUUUUGGAAAUACGGUGGGAGGAAGAUAAUAAUAAACUGAAAUGGAUUUGCACGUACAGACGAGGUGGCGGCAGCGCUUUUCUCAGUCACCUUAUGUCAAAUGUAGAGAGAAGAAUAAGGCUGAAACUUCAAGAACACUGAAAACUUUUGAAACAGAGACCGAAUGGGAACAGUUUCUGUCAUGAUGUGGUACAGGGGAAAUGGAGGGCGAUGGCUUUUCGAAAAAAAAAAAAAAAAAAAAAGACCGAAAAAAAAAAGGUAGUUUUUUUCUUCUUACUCAGAAUCGUGAUGGUGUUGGAUUAUUUCACUGGUGGGGUUUAAUAUAGCAUGUUAUCAUGUCUAUCUUUUUAAGAUUUCUGUAAGACUGUUGAACAGUUAAAAAUUAGUGUUAGGAUAAUAUAAAAGCAGAUAGAUGGCGCUAUGUUUGAUUCCUACAAAAAUAUCACCAGCUUUUUUUCAUUCUUAACUCUUUAAAGGAUUCAAACGCAACUCAAAUCUGUGCUGGACUUUAAAAAAAGAAAAUUCAGGACCAAAAUUUUUCUCAGAGUAUGUAUGUGUUUGUUCCUUAUAGCUGUAAAUGAAAAGACUGUUUUUUUUCUCACCGAUGCUCCAUCCUCGUAUUGUUUUGUGGUUUUGUUUUUGUUUAUUUUUUCCUUGUAAAUGUAAUCAGAUGCCAUUUUAUAAGUGGACGUAUUUAUACUGGCCAAACAUUUUUGACUUGUAUUUCUUUGUCCUUUUUUGGUAGUUCUCGUUGUUACCCGCACCAUUUUUAUGUCUCCUUCACUGAAGGGCUAGAGUUUUAACUUUUAAUUUUUUUAUAUUUAAAUGUAGACUUUUGACACUUUUAAAAACAAAAGAAAAGAGAGAUGAAAACGUUUGAUUAUUUUCUCAGUGUAUUUUUGUAAAAAAUAUAUAAAGGGGGUGUAAAUCGGUGUAAAUCGCUGUUUGGAUUUCCUGAUUUUUAACAACAGGGCCGCUGGUUAGUAUUUCACACGCGUGUGCGCGCUCACGCUCACUCACACUCUCACACCCACGAAUCAGCCCCUAUUUUGUCCAUGUUUACACUCCAAUCUGCAGGCAUCUUAAAGGGACAGCAUCCCUCGCCGCCAGCGCCCGCUUCACGGCCCCUAGUCGUCCCCCGGGGAGGGGGGCGGAGGGGGCCGGGGCAGCCCGGGGGGAGAGGGAGGACGAAGGCGGAUACACUGUAUGCUACCGGCUUGGGGAAAAACCUGUCCCGAAAUGAAGUCAAGCAACUGGUGCAUUUACACAGAAGGGAUCCUGUACCUUUAACUUGUAAACCACAUCGUUUGCACUUUUUUAUAAGCAAAAACGUGCCGUUUAAACCACUGGAUCUAUCGAAAUGCCGGUUUGAGUUCGCGACACUAUUGUACUGCGUUUUUCAUUCUCGUAUUUGACUAUUUAAUCCUUUCUACUUGUCGCUAAAUAUAAUUGUUUUAGUCUCUUAUGGCAUGAUGAUAGCAUAUGUAUUCAGGUUUAUAGCUGUUGUGUUUAAGAUGAAGAAAGUGAAAACAUCUUUGUACAUUUAAGUCUGUAUUAUAAUAAGCAAAAAAGAAGAUUGUGUGUUUAUGUAUGUUAAUAUAACAUGACAGGCACUAGGACGUCUGCCUAAUGAGGUGGUUCCGUUAAGGGUUUAACUUUUUUCGUUCUUUUUGUUUUUUUUUUUUUUUUUGGUCAUCCAUCCUGUGCAAUAUGCUGUGUAGCAUUUUUUUUUUUUUUUGUCUAACGAUCACCCACAGCGCAACGUUGGGAAAGAAGAAAAAAAAAUAUCAUGCCAGCUAACUAUGUCAAGUUCACUGCCUGUCAGAUUGUUGAUAUACCUUCUGUAAAUAACCUUUUUUGUUUGUUUGUUUGUUUUGUUUUGUUUUUUUUUCUUCGGGAAGGAAAUAAAAUCAGCUGGAACUGAACCCUAA